UCUCUCUCUCUCUCUCUCUUCCCCCAAUACAAUCAUUUUCGGCUCAAGAUUUUCUCUGCUCGAGUUGGUAGUUGGGGGCUUUGUGGAUAAAAACUUUUUCCUCUCUUUGUUCGAUUGCUUUGUUCCUUCCCCCUUCGACUUCAAAUCAUAAAGAAAAAAGAGAGGGGGAGGAAAGAAAAAAAGUUACCUUUUCUCCCCCACGAGAUGAUGUUCAGCAAGCAAAGCCCUCCACUAAAUACGCUUGAAUAUAUGUUGCUGUCGUUUUGGAGAUCUUUCUCGAGUCCUUGAAAGGAUUCCUUGGGGUGAUUAAUAAUAACCCCCCAAUGGAAAUAGCAUCAUCACCGAGGCCCGUGUCCGUGAGCUUGCAAGAGAUCAAGCCUACAUGUGGAACCACAACAACGAGCAGGCCGCAUAAGGAUCAAGCCCUGAACUGCCCCAGGUGCAGUUCAAGCAACACCAAGUUCUGCUACUACAACAACUACAGCCUCUCUCAGCCCAGAUAUUUCUGCAAGACCUGUCGGAGGUACUGGACUGAGGGUGGGUCCCUCAGGAAUGUCCCUGUGGGUGGCGGCUCCAGGAAGAACAAGAGACCCUCUUCGUCAUUUUCUUCUUCGCCAUCAUCGAAGAUCAUCAAGCUUCCUGAUCUGGUGGUGGGCCCGUCAAGUCUUCCUCAAAACCCUAAGACCCAUGAAGCCCAACGAGACCUAAACUUAACAUACCCACCUGAUACUACUCCUACUACUGAUCAACAAAAUCCCAAGAGUAGCAGUGGAAUUAUUGCUUCUUCUUCAAUGGGAUUGAGCUUAAGCUCCUUCAUGCCGCACAUGCCUGUAGCAUCUGACUCAAGCUCCAACUUUUAUGCGGCCGGUGGCUUGAAUUUCCAGCAUCUCCUUGGUCUCAAACCGACGACAUCCUCAUUCGGUAGUUUUUCUGGACAUGGGUUUGAGAGUGGUGGCUUUCUUGGGAGCCUCCAAGGGUUGCAAGAGAGCGGCAAUGGUGACGACAGUAAUGAUGGUGCGAAGCUGUUUUUUCCCGUGGAGGAUGGUUUGAAGCAUCAAGUGACCAGUACUCCUCGUGUUGAUGGUCAGUUUGGUCUUCAAAGUAGAGGACAAGGAGAUCAUUCAAAUGGGUAUUGGAAUGGAGUGCUGGGCACUGGAGGAUCAUGGUGAUUGAUUGAGAAAGAUUGGUAUUCGAUCAUCAUCACACGCUUCAAGGGUUUUGAUUUUUUUUUCUUUAACCUUUUAUUUCUUCUCUUCUUGGGAUUGGAUCGACUUGGUUGGGCUGGGGCGUUUGAUGGGAACUAACAAUCAGGGUUACAUGGGAUUUUCAACCCUUUUCCUUUCUUUCUUUUUGCCUAUUAUUUUCUCCCUCCCCUUUGUCUUUGAAGCUCAUUUUGGGGUUGGCUUCGGAAGCUAGUCUGGGAAUACUGUAUUAGGUGUUCUCAAGCGUGGAAUAGAGAGUUAGAGAUUUAAAGCUUAAACGAAGUCAGAUGGGUCUCGUCUACUCAGUUUGUACAGUUUCAAGAUGUCUGAAUGGUUGAUUGCUAAUUAUCUGUACGAGCAUGUUCACUGUUGUUUGUGUUCUUUUUA